AAACAGGUGCCGAAACAUGUCGAGAUCUAGCCUACAUUUGACUACAUUCAACUCGCAACGAGUGAAAUGGCGAACGCGUCUUCCAGGUGAAACAAAGUAAUAGUUAGUCACCUACCAUUUUACAAAUAUAACCGCGAUCCGAACGACGUCCUCCGGAGCUAAAUAUUGUUUUGCGAAAUGUAUUAUAAACCUCUUCGCAUUUCGCACAGGUCUGGUAACACGUACGAGGGCAUAGUUGCCCUUCCCAGAAUCCACUUAACAGAAAGUUAUGGAACCUCCUUCUCGCUAAGAUCCACAGGGAAAUUGCACGGCUUACGUCACGGACUUCCAGUCCCUGGAUUGGUCGUGCACCUGUAGAGCAAGGUGUCUCUCGCUUGCCAGAUGGCAGCACGCGCCAUCCAAAUAUCGACACGUGACUGGUGGAGAAGCGAGAGAAAAAGGCUGAAGUGUUUGUGGGUGUGCAAUGUCUCUUUACAGGAAUAUAAUCAGUUUUUUUAAAGGAAUUCAUGAAUAUACAAGGUAAAUGAGUUAACCAUCCACCUAAGGCGCAUUCUUCACUCUUCGUUUCGACCCGGAGUUGCUCUUGUUCUGUAAUUGGUAAACUUCAUAAAAAUGUCUGAGAGCUAGUGCUGUUAGCAAAUAAAACUAACGAAGAAAAAGUGCAGAACUUCGGUGUUGCUCUAGUAUUUUAUUGUUCUAGCACAGUUUCAAUCUACAACUUUUGGAUCAAAAUGUGCUGAUGGUGUUUAGAAUGAGCAGUCUUACAACGUAAACCAAAUAAAAUAGCUCAUAGCUACAGUUUGGCAAACAAAUCAAACAUUUCACCAAACGUAGUAUAAUUAUACCCAGUGGCAUUUCGAUUAGAAUUAAGAUCAGCGAAACGACACUUAAUAACCGGGCUGCUCUACAUAACAGCACAAAGAGUGUUUGUAUUUAACUAAGAAUAAUCCACUGGUUGCAUUAUGAACAGGCGAAUGAAAUUAGGCAGGGCAUUUUGUUUUGUGUGCCAAGUCGAUGUGACCUCAAAGAAAAGUGAAACAGAACUCAAAAAGGCAAACUUCACAGAAAUAGCAUACAUCAGUCCGUGUAAUUGUCCAGCUAUGGGCGAGAUGUCGUCAGUCUUCGAAUGGAGGCUAUCGCGUGAAUCGCAAAGCUCUGACAUCCUGUCACGCUUGGACCAUUCUGCAUAACCUCGGAUCGACGGCUGUCCUCACUGAUUCGCAGAAUCAGACGAGGAAUUCGCAUUCCUCGUCUAGGAAUGAGGUCCCCUCUACUGUCUAAGUCUCGGCCGUCAUAACUUCCCGAACCGAAUAGUAAUCAUAAUGCAUGCUCGUUAUUUUCGAGUCACAAAACUGAAACCAGUUGGGAGAUCCAGGAAUGGCUUUGAGACGGCUUCCGCACACUUUGUGGACAGUGACCUGGACGUCUCUGUGGUGGGGAGGUCCUUCAUGAUCACCGGGGCCAACAGCGGAAUCGGAAAGGCCGCGGCUAUCGCCAUCGCCAAGAGAGGCGGUACGGUCCACAUGGUGUGCAGGAACUGGGAGAGAGCGGAGCAGGCCAGAGAGGAUAUUUGCCGGGAGACCGGGAACAAAGAGGUUUACGUCCAUCUCCUGGACAUGUCAGAGGCUCAGAAGGUCUGGGAAUUUGCCGAGUUGUUCAAGAAGAGGUACAGGUCGCUGAACGUCCUGAUUAAUAAUGCCGGCUGUAUGGUCACCAGUAGAGAAGUGAGCACUGAGGGCUUUGAGAAGAACUUUGCCACCAACACUCUGGGGGUAUACAUUCUGACCAAGGGCCUGUUCCCUUUACUGGAGAGGAGCAGCAACCCCAGGGUGAUCACGGUGUCUGCCGGGGACAUGUUGCUUCAGAAGCUGAGAACCACGGACCUCCAGUCAGAAAAGGGUCCCUAUGAUGCACCCAUGGUGUACGCCCAGAAUAAGAGGCAGCAGGUGGUGAUGACGCAGGAGUGGGGCAAAGACCACGCCGGCGUCCAUUUCGCCUCCGCCCACCCGGGAUGGGCCGACACGGCAGCGGUCGCCGCGACGACGCCGCGGUUCCACCGCCUGAUGCAGGGGAGGCUGCGUACGGCGGAGCAGGGCGCCGACACGCUGGUCUGGCUCGCCGUGUCCAACUCCGCCGGCGCCACGCCCAGCGGGCUGUUCUUCCAGGAUCGGCAGGCCGUCCCGGCCCACUUGCCCCUGGCCUGGACCCACAGCCCUGCUGAGGAGGAGCUGGCCUUCAUGGGUCUGCUGGACGAGCUGGCCGCGUCCUCCCGGCCUCCCGCGGCGGGUCGCUUCAGGCUGUCCGGGCAGUCCGUCGCCCAAUCCAGCGUCUGAGCCCGGGCCCCGCCUGACCCGGCAUCCAGAGCUCCAAACCCGCAUCCCGCGCUCCAAACCCGCAUCCCGCGCUCCAAACCCGCAUCCAGAGCUCCAAACCCGCAUCCAGAGCUCCAAACCCGCAUCCAGAGCUCCAAACCCGCAUCCCGCGCUCCAAACCCGCAUCCAGAGCUCCAAACCCGCAUCCCGCGCUCCAAACCCGCAUCCAGAGCUCCAAACCCGCAUCCCGCGCUCCAAACCCGCAUCCAGAGCUCCAAACCCGCAUCCAGAGCUCCAAACCCGCAUCCAGAGCUCCAAACCCGCAUCCCGCGCUCCAAACCCGCAUCCCGCGCUCCAAA